AUGUCGUCGGCGCGAAGUCCUGGUGCUGUUCCUUCGACGCCAAGGGUCACCUCUCCAUCACCGACACCAUCAGAAGGCAGAACCUCGUCGAGAUCGCGGGAUGGAUAUUCAGCGCCCACGACGCGCUCGGCAGCCCGACGGCAGCAGCAUCUCGGCGACGUCACGGAAGAGACAACGGACUCUUCACCACCGCGAUCCCGUCGACGCAAGUCAAAGCUCAAGCAGCCUACAUCGGGAGAACCAUUAGUGGCGCGGACAAACGGUAAUGCACCACAGAAGAACGGAUUUCUUUCCCCAUUGCCAAAAGCAGACGGCACAGGACUCGUCGAUAGCGUCUCACGAUCUCCUUCACCACUCGGCCUGAUUCCUCUUCACACCCGCUACCGUACCUUCAUACACCGCCAUGAGAUUCCGCGCAAACUGCUCCACGUCUCGAUUGGAUUUCUGACGCUCCAUCUAUACAGCCGCGGCAUUCAAACACACCAGAUCACACCCUGGCUCUUCGGAGCUCUUGUGCCCAUCGCCGCGACAGACUUCCUGCGUCACCGUUCAGAACGGGUCAACAGGUUGUACAUCCGCUGCAUGGGUGCGCUUAUGCGCGAAACAGAAGUGUCCGGCUACAACGGCGUGAUCUGGUACCUCGUUGGCGCAUAUACCGUCCUCCGCUUUUUCCCCAAGGACAUCGGCGUUAUGGGCGUUCUGCUCCUCUCCUGGUGUGAUACUGCCGCCUCCACCUUUGGCCGCCUUUACGGCCGCUAUACCUUUAGCUUGCGCAAGGGGAAGAGUCUUGCAGGUACCUUCGCUGCCUGGCUAGUUGGGGUUGUCACCGCGGCCGCCUUCUGGGGCUGGUUCGUUCCCUACAUUGGUACCUUUCCCAACGAUCCCGAGGACGCAUUCCUUUACACAGGCCGUCUCAAUCUUUUCCCAGAUCCCGUGAAGCGACUCAUUGGGUGGACAGUAACAUCACCAGACACCGAGUCCGGCUCUGUUAUCACCGGCCCGCUAGCGCUGGGCGUCAUGAGCGUUGUAUCCGGCCUUGUGGCCGCAGGCUCUGAAUUUAUCGACUUCAUGGGCUGGGACGAUAACCUGACUAUCCCAGUUCUCAGUGGCAUCGGGCUCUGGGGUUUCUUGAAGAUUUUUGGGUGA